UCAGUCAAAAGGAUCUAAAGAAAUUCAAGCAGUUGCUGCCAUUCACGUGCUUUAAGAUGGGCCUGCCACAAAUACAGAUGUAUAAAACCAGGACAGAAGAGCUUGUGGAUUUGAUGAUGGAUGAACUUGGUCAUCAGUCUGUGGAGGUGACCAGGGAGGUUUUAACAGACAUGAACAGACCUGAUCUGAUGCUGAGGCUGUCAGAGAGCAGCUCAGGACGAGAAACUGAAAGAAGUUCAGAGCUUGAAGGUUGUCAGAGCAUGACGCAGGACUCCAGUGAUUGGACUAAACUUGAACCUGAGGUGAACAGUACAGAUGCAGACGAGGCUCCAACUUACAGCCUUCAGUCUGCAGCAGGACACUUUGAAUGCAGAGUCUCGGGCUUGCGCUGGGUCUGUAAGGGAAAGACCAGCUUUCAGUACCAGUUUAGAUCUUGGGAGGGACACAUGGAGAGGAUGGAGAGCAGACAAUACAUGCCUGCAGGUCCUCUGAUGGACGUCACAGUCACUGCUGGGAAGUUAAAUGAAGUUCACCUGCCACACUGGAUCUGCAUCGAUGACGUCCCUGACAUAUUGGACAUGUUUGCAGUCGUUCACAUAGAUGACUGUGGAGAUGUUGUGGAAAAAGUGUCUGAGGUCACACCAUCACAUGUCAAGUUAACUGAACCAAAUUUCUCGAUAAUAGGGGCUCUGAUACGUUUCAUAUUUCCUCCAAAAAUCAGCUGUUACAUGUUGAUGUACUAUAAACUCAACACAUCUUUCCUCAAACUCCACGUCUACCUGAUACGACAGGAUCCUGCUCUGGAACAGAGAUUUGACGACAGAGAAUCCUGUGAGGGAUUUAAAAGAAUCAGAAAGCAUCAUCCAGACAAGUACCUGCAAACUGAGCGUCUGUUCAGUCUCAGAGCCGACAACGCAAGUACAAAGAUCCAACCGCAGGCGUUAACCCUCAGAUACAAUAAUCAAAACCUCUAUGAGGUGUACAUUAAGAAUCCAGGCAGUGAACUCAUACUUGCACUCCUGCACACUGAACCACUUGUUGGUGAACCUGAUGACCCACUGUGGACCUGUGAAAUUCGAAAAGAAGAUGACCAUCCAGAGUCUGGUUAUGUCAAAGAGAAACACUCUGUGAAUGAAGAUCUCUCUGCACAGAUGCAGAAAGCCUUAACAGACCACUCAGACAGAGAGAAGCUUUUGGGGAUGUUGGAAGAUCUGAAAAAGGACGAACUUGAAAAGUUCAAGUGGUUCCUGCGGGACCGUGAUGUUUUGGUGGAGCUCCAACCCAUCCCAGAGAGCCGACUGGAGAAGGCCAGCACCUGUAACCUGGUGGAUCUGAUGUUACAGACCUACACAGAAAAGUCUGUGGAGGUGACCAAGAAGGUUUUGCAGAAAAUUAACAGGAAUGAUCUGGUGCAGAAGUUGUCAGACAGCAGCUCAUGAUCCACAGUAACACAUUCUCCAAAAGUUGAUUGGGGAAACCUGCAGUCAGCUGAGACUGAAGCAGUCACUUGGAUGAGUGACGAAACGUUUCUCCCACUGAAAACGGCCAGAUGAUCAACGUUUGGAGAUUUACUUACCUGGAUGAUUGAGCAUGCAUCAAGACAUAGAAACACAUUCUGUUUGUUUCUAGCAGCACAGACUGAACCUGUUGUGCUUUUCUUUCUUUUCAUUUAUACACUUUCAAAUUUCAGAUAAUGUGAUCAUCAUGUUUACAGAUAUUCACUGUGAGCCACUCAGGUUUUUGCUGUUUUGUGGGGUUUUCUUUUUUAAACUUUUGUAGUGUGUGAUGUCAUUGAGGGGGGAUUAUCCUAAUAGUGGUGAUCUCCAAUUCUGGCCCUUAUCACAGAAGCUCCACCCACUUGUCCCUCAAACCUUCUGUUUUGGGGAAAUGAACUGGCGCAACAACAAAGAAACAACAUACAAUGAAGAUCACUUAGUAAGUUGAUUACUGUACCUUUUUUUAAGAGAUGAGUUGUUAGGUCAGUCAUUUAUUUUGCCCGAAACGCCAGAAUCUCAGGUGAAACCUCACAAAAUUUCAACAACCACCAAACAGCUAAGACAGUAAAUGAGAGCAGGUACAUGGAUUCUGCACAAAGACGUAAACACACAGCGCGGACCCGCGGAUCAGAAUCAGUGAGAUGUCGCCUUUCUCACCUGACGGCACGGACACGGUCGGGGCUGAAAGCCGACAGCUCGCUGAUUCUGAUGUUUCGACAGGUCCGCGCUUUGUGUUCACGCCCUUUUUGCGCUGAUUCUAAAGCUGUUAGUUUUAUCUCUCUCCAAACAAUAUUGACUGAACCAGAAGCAAAAGAAGUACGCUUCACAUAAACAUCGUCAUGAAAUCACUCUGACUUUUACUGUUUUGCUUCACCCACGAUAAAAUCACACGUCAUGCACAGCUCUCUCUCUCUCUCUCUCUCUCUCUGUACUUCAAGAACAGUUUCCCGUCUAAAAAUCUGUUUUCUGCAUUAUUCGCUUGCUUGUUACGCACAAGUCUACUGUUGUUUACAGCGCUGUCAGCCGCUGGUUUUUUUUUUUCGUUUUACAUACUUCCGAAAAGAAAACCUAAUUUCUCCCGUUCAAUACUGAACAAAUUUAAACUUUUUAAAAUUAUGCAAAAUGCAAAACGCUUAGCCGUGUCUCUAAUAAAACUGCUGUAACAUCAGAGGUAAUGUUCAUAUGUUGAUUAAUGGUUUUCUUUCAUUUUUGAUGUACUGCAGAAUAUUUUUAUAAAAUCCCAGGCCAGGAAAACCACCUUCAUGUUUUUCUGUGUUUUAUCUUCAGCUACUUUGACACAAAGGCAUCUGCUGUGACGCUCACACCUUUGAUAAAGUCUUGCGUGUGUCAGCUUCCUUUUUAUAGAUACAAAAAUAUGUAAAUGUACUGAUCUGAAUUAUAAUAUUUCUGACUGUCAAAAUUUCCCAGAUUCAAAUCAAAUUUAAUUGAAUCGAAU